UCUCUCUCUGACUUCGUAACCCGCAUCUCCACGCUGUUGUGGGUUCGAGAGGCUGCCUGAGGGAACCUCUACUUUCUCCGAACCUCAAUCUCUUCUGCGUCCCCUCCCUGUCUCUCUCUCUCUCUCUAUCACGCAAUCUCCUCUCUCUUUACCCUCUCCUGCCCUCCUCCCCUUGCCUCUCCCCUUCCUUCUCUCUCUCUCUGUGCCUUCCCCACCCCACUUCUCCUGACCUUUCCCCUCUCUCUCCUUCCCAUUCUCCUCUCCAUCUCCUCUCCCCCUCGUUCUUCCCCCUGUCUGUCCUCCCUCCCUUCUCUCUCUCUCUCCUCUCCUCCCUCCCUUCUCUCUCUCUCUCUCUCCAUCUGUCUCUGCGUUUCUUUCCAUCUCUCUGUCUCUCUCUCUCUCUCACUCUAUCGUCCUGCCCUCUCCUCUUCCCCAUCUCUCUCUUUCUGUCUGUGUUUCUUUCAAUCUCCCUCUCUCUCUCUCUCUCACUCUAUCAUCCCGCCAUCUCCUCUUCCGUCCUCUGUCUCUCUCUCCAUCUCUCUCUGCGUUUCUUUCCAUCUCUCUCUCUCUCACUCUAUCGUCCCGCCCUCUCCUCUUGCCCUCCUCUGUCUCUCUCUCCAUCUCUCUCUGCGUUUCUUUCCAUCUCUCUCUCUCUCACUCUAUCGUCCUGCCCUCUCCUCUUCCCCUCCUCUGUCUCUCUCUCCAUCUCUCUCUGCGUUUCUUUCCAUCUCUCUCUCUCUCACUCUAUCGUCCUGCCCUCUCCUCUUCCCCUCCUCUGUCUCUCUCUCCAUCUCUCUCUGCGUUUCUUUCCAUCUCUCUCUCUCUCACUCUAUCGUCCUGCCCUCUCCUCUUCCCCAUCUCUCUCUUUCUGUCUGUGUUUCUUUCAAUCUCCCUCUCUCUCUCUCUCUCACUCUAUCGUCCCGCCCUCUCCUCUUCCCCUCCUCUGUCUCUCUCUCCAUCUGUCUCUGCGUUUCUUUCCAUCUAUCUCCCUCUCUCUCUCUCUCUGUGUCUCUCACAUCCCUCUCUCCCGUCUGCCAGUGUGAAUGCUAACGGGUUUGGAAUGGGCUGCUCCCUGGUGGUCUGGACGUUGCUCUUGGCCUGGAUUGACAGAGGUCUGGUAGGGUCCCAGGCUGUUACCCCCAAGAGACCUCAUCAAGGUGAUGAAACUCUUCGAUCUAUUCCAAAUGUACCUUCUUCCUUGGCACCACAUCCGCCAGCCAUCACUCCAACGAGCCCGCUUCCCGAGGUGCCGGUCAGACUGACCAAUGGGACGAGCGAGUGCUCCGGACGCGUUGAGCUGCUCCACCUGGGCUCCUGGAGGCCGCUCUGCUGGGAAUUCUGGGACGGCCGGGGGGCCGACGUGGUGUGCCGACAGGUGGGCUGCGGCCAGGGGCGCCCUGGCGGGGUGGGCAGCACGGCGCCGGUCCCGGGCCCCUUCUGGGUGGUCCUGAUGAACUGCACGGGGGGCGAGGGCGACUGGAGGGCAUGCCCGGGCCGACCCCUGCCAGCCAACCAACCCUGUGACCGAAAUCUCGCCGCCGAGGUCACCUGCACAGAGCACAAGGAGAUCCGUCUGCAGGGCGGGGGCAGCCGCUGCGUCGGGAGGGUGGAGCUGCAUUCGCAUGGCACCUGGGGGACGGUCUGUGAUGACUCCUGGGGCCUGGGGGCGGCCGACGUGGUGUGCCGGCAGCUGGGGUGCGGCCACGCCCUGCGGGCCACCAACGGCUCGAAGCACGGCCAGGGCUGGGGCCCCAUUUACCUGGACGAGGUGCGUUGCCGCGGCGACGAGGCCUACCUGUGGAAAUGCCCGUCCCAGCCCUGGGAGCAGCACGACUGCGGGCACAAGGAGGACGCGGGGGUGGAAUGUUCCGGGCAUCGAGAAAUCGCACUGACCGGGGGCGUGGACCGUUGCUCGGGGCAGGUGAGGGUACGUGACCAGGGCACCUGGGGGUCCCUGUGCCAUCGCGGCGCCGACCGCUCGCUGGCAGAACGGGUCUGCCGACACCUGGGAUGCGGCAACGCCACGGCUGUCCGGCCGAGCUACCCGCUGGAGGGGGAGCACGCCUGGGUGGGGCAGUGCCAGAACGGCACCGGCGCCGUCCCCGCCUGCUUCCGGAAGGUUCCGCCCGCGUCCUGCCAGACCGGCGGCGCGGCCGGGGUUACCUGCGCAGGAUCAGUGUAUUUGACAGAUUUGCCGUCAAACGUCAGCAUCAAUGUGAUACCUACAGAGUCCGGGGGCACCGAUGGGUUCCCUCAGCGCGGUGAGAACGUCUUGCUGCUGGUCAUCGCCCUCCUCGUGCUUCUGUUGGUCGCCCUGUGCGCCCUGUUUGCGGUCAGCUCCUACAAGAUGAGGCGCAGGAUGGUGAUGCAGUUCCGUCAGGCCAGUCACGGUGACGGGGACGUCGAGGGGAACGAUUACAGGGAAAUGACCCACACACCAGGUCUGAACCACGCCAAGCCUCCUGCACUGACUGUCCCGGCCCGGCCUGUAGGUGAGGCCGACUCUCUGGACGAAGACUACGAAGACUAUGACAGCUUUGCGCCCCGUCCUGCCCUCCAGUUUUCCACCUUUCAGUAUUCCGGGCAUAGCCGGUCGCAACGGAGGAAUCCUGGACCCACCACAUUCCCAGAGAUACAGACGGGGACCAGUGACAGAGGUCAGAGGUCAGAGGUGCCCUACCAGAGGUCCACGAACGACGCCAGCUCUUCGGAAGACGAGAGGUCGCAGGCAGCGUCUGCCAAGCCUGUGCGGAGAGCGUCCAAACCCAGAUCGCAACGCUGGAAGAAAGAGCAGGCGGUGUCCGCACAGUCAGCAGAGAGUUCGAGCACUUCUUCCUGUGAGUGGUACGAGAACACCAAACCCGUGCAGAGAGAGACCCAGCCACAGGCAACACUCCUGGUUGUCCCACAGCAAAAUGACUUUCAGAGUUCCACCAGCACCCUUCCUCUUGAAGAAUACGAGAAUGUGACGGGUACCCCACAGAAUGUUCCGGAACAGGCUGUCCUGGAAGCAGCCAGUGAAGCAGCCAGACAGCCCUGCGAGGACUCGUCGGAGAAUGACUACGACGAUAUCGGGACCUACUUCACCAGCUGAGUCUCCCUCGAGGUUGUGAAGAUGCCCUUCAGAGGGGGCUGAAGAUUUUCCCUUUGGAGCCUGACCUCUCCCUCGUUCCGAUAUCAGGAACGAUCUGACCAGACGCUGUGUCCACCAGUUCCUGGCUCCGUCCCAAGUGGGCACUGUGCCUUCACUGUCCGUCUGCGAAACGCCACACUCGUGUACCCACCUAUCCCUCCCAGGAAUCGAUCAACACCAUUCUCCGUCACGCCCACUUCUCCCUCUCUCAUCUGUCUCUUGAAUGAUGCCAGCAUGCUCUGCCCCUCUCUCUCUUUCUCUCUCACAAGCACGCUGCACCCAUACACCCAAACCUCUCGUCUCAGGUCAGGAAACCCAUAAACAAUACUCAAUAUGAACUUCGGAAGUUGUUAGUGCCAGAAUGGAAUGGUUCUGAGUUAUUUCUGAUACCUGGGCUGUGAGGAUGAUAAUCCAGCUCCCUCACACUGUCCCUCAGUAAUCCCUCUCCCUCCCAGGGCCCUGUGUUACUGACUGUAUCUGUACUGAUGUUAAUCCAGCUCCCUCACACUGUCCCUCAGUAAUCCCUCUCCCUCCCAGGGCCCUGUGUUACUGACUGUAUCUGUACUGAUGUUAAUCCAGCUCCCUCACACUGUCACUCAGUAACCCCUCUCCCCACCCCAGGGCCCUGUGUUACUGACUGUAUCCCAACUGAUGUUAAUCCCGCUCCCUCACACUGUCACUCAGUAACCCCUCUCCCCGCCAGGGCCCUGUGUUACUGACUGUAUCUGUACUGAUGUUAAUCCAGCUCCCUCACACUGUCACUCAGUAACCCCUCUCCCCCCCAGUGCCCUGUGUUACUGACUGUAUCCCAACUGAUGUUAAUCCCGCUCCCUCACACUGUCCCUCAGUAACCCCUCUCCCCCCCCCAGGGCCCUGUGUUACUGACUGUAUCUGUACUGAUAUUAAUCCAGCUCCCUCACACUGUCCCUCAGUAACCCCUCUCCCCCCCAGGGCCCUGUGUUACUGACUGUAUCUGUACUGAUGUUAAUCCAGCUCCCUCACACUGUCACUCAGUAACCCCCCUCCCCCCCAGGGCCCUGUGUUACUGACUGUAUCUGUACUGAUGUUAAUCCAGCUCCCUCACACUGUCACUCAGUAACCCCUCUCCCCCCCAGUGCCCUGUGUUACUGACUGUAUCUGUACUGAUGUUAAUCCAGCUCCCUCACACUGUCACUCAGUAACCCCUCUCCCCCCCAGGGCCCUGUGUUACGGACUGUAUCUGUACUGAUGUUAAUCCAGCUCCCUCACACUGUCCCUCAGUAACCCCUCUCCCCCCCAGGGCCCUGUGUUACUGACUGUAUCCCUACUGAUGUUAAUCCAGCUCCCUCACACUGUCCCUCAGUAACCCCUCUCCCCCCCAGGGCCCUGUGUUACUGACUGUAUCUGUACUGAUGUUAAUCCAGCUCCCUCACACUGUCACUCAGUAACCCCUCUCCCCCCCAGUGCCCUGUGUUACUGACUGUAUCCCUACUGAUGUUAAUCCAGCUCCCUCACCCUGUCCCUCAGACAUAGUUUCGUGUUCAUUUGCUGAAGAUAUACUGACUAGUUGCUUAUAGAGUCAUGAAGUACAGCACUGAAACAGACCCUUCGGUCCAACCCAUCCAUGCUAUCCCAGAUAUCCCAACCCAAUCUAGUUCCACCUGACAGCACCCGGCCCAUAUCCCUCCAAACCCUUCCUAUUCAUACGCCCACCCAAAUGCCUCUUAAAUGCUGUCAUUGUACCAGCCCCCACCACUUCCUCUGGCAGCUCAUCCCAUACACGUACCACCCUCUGUGUGAAAAAGUUGCCCCUUAGAUCUCUUGUAUAUCUUUCCCCUCUCACCCUAAACCUAUGCCCCUCUAGUUCUGGACUCCCCCACCCCAGGGGGAAAAGACUUUGUCUAUUUACCCUAUCCAUGCCCCUCAUGGUUUUAUAAACCUCUAUAAGGUCACCCCUCAGCCUCCGACGCUCCAGGGAAAACAGCCCCAGCCUGUUCAGCCUCUCCCUGUAGCUCAGACCCUCCAACCCCGGCAAUGUCCUUGUAAAUCUUUUCUGAACCCUUUCAAGUUUCACAACAUCUUUCCGAUAGGAUGGAGACCAGAUUCCGAUCGUCAAUUGACAUCAUUUAAUUGUUGGGCUGACUCACAGUGUCACAUUUCCAAAACACUUUGUGUUUUGUACUGAGAAUAUUCAGCGAUGGAAUGUAACUUGUUUGUAUUCUGCGUACAUUGAUGUGCAGCCUGUAUGUGGGCUGAAAUGUUGGGAUACAACAUCUUUAUUUUUAAUCACAUUAGUAAAACUUUCACGUCGUUAA